AUGUACCCACGUUUGUCCAUUUGGUCCGAUUCAAACAUCGCUGCAACGGCGUCAUCUAUCGAGCAACCAGUGCAAGCCAAGGAGGGGACAAGAAGUAGAAGGAAACGUGAGACACCAGCAAACCGAGUCGCAGAUGAGCUGGAACACCACGAAGAACAACAAGUCAGCCAAGUACUCAACAACUAUUUCCAUUUUCCUGCUCCAGCUGGCACCGUUUGGUUCCAGCAAGGUCGUAUGAGCGGAGGUCAGCACAUUGCUCAGAUUUUUGUAUUAGCCACUUCUACACCGAAAAUUCUUUGCCUAACUUAG